AUGAGAGAAUUGCCGAUUUUCAAGCUGUUGAGGAAAAAUGUUCCAAAAAAAUGGAAUGAAGAAUGCCAAGCCUCAUUUGACUCGGUGAAGGAAUAUCUCUCUAACCCUCCAGUAUUAAUGCCACCCAAGCUGGGAGAGCCUUUGAUUUUAUAUCUCACAGUCACAGAAACUGCCAUGGGAGCGUUAUUGGCUCAAUACCAAGAAGGCACCAAAAGAGAAAUUGCCAUCUACUACCUCAGCAAAAAGUUUUUGGAUUAUGAAACCAGAUACAAUCCUUUAGAAAAAGCUUGCAUCGCCCUCAUAUAUGCCACUAAGAAGCUACGACAUUAUCUACAGGCUCAUACAACUUUCCUUAUCUCUAGACUAGAUCCUAUCAAGUACAUUUUUGAGAAACCAAUUCUCACUGAGAGGUUCGCGAGAUGGCAUGCAAUGCUUUCAGAAUUUGAUAUUCAAUGUGUAAACCAGAAAUCCGUUAAAGGAAGGGCGAUAUCUGAAGCAUUGGUUGAUGGACCAAUAUCAGGAGAUGAAUUUGAUGACGAGUUUCCAGAUGAACAUUUACUCAACAUUGGGAUAUCUAGGUGGAAAAUGUACUUUGACGGAGCAUCUAAUAGAAGGGGCAAUGGCGCGGGUGUUUUGCUCAUUGAUCCUUAUGGAAUUCAUAUCCCUUUUGCUGUGAAAUUGAGUUUUUCAACGACUAAUAACACGGCGGAGUACGAAGCUUGCAUUUAUGGAGUUAAGGCAGCCUUAGCGGCAGGGGCAAAAUACCUCACAGUAUAUGGAGAUUCUAACCUCAUUAUCUCUCAAACAAUUGGAGUAUGGAGAGUCCGAGAUGAGAGAUUACAAAUGUAUACCGAGUAUCUCCAACAGUUCAUUCCGUACUUUGAAGAUAUUGACUUCAAGCAUCGUCCCCGGGAGCAAAACAGUUUCACGGAUGCAUUAGCAAACUUAGCGGUAAAUUUAACAUGGGAAAACAACGUAAAAAUUCGAGCUGUGACUAUUGAGGAAAGUGAUUCACCGGUAGUCAACCUUGAACAUAUGAUUGCUGCAUUGACUUUGCAAGAUGAUAAAGAUGCUUGGUAUGCUGAUAUUAAAAAAUUUCUAAUCACCGGUCGAUAUCCUGAAGAGAGUCAUAAAAAAGACCAAUUGGCUAUCCGGCGAUUGGCAGCUCACUUUGUAAUACUAAAAGAUAGAUUGUACCGCAAGGGUUUUGAUGGAACUCUACAAUUGUGUGUUGACGAAAAAAAAAAUACAAAAGAUCAUGGGAGAAAUCCAUGGUGGUGA